UUGCCUUCAGCACCAGCAGAUCCAGAUCCUGCGCAGAGCGUCUCCAGCGCGGACACACACCGUGAAACCAAGCCCAACAGGAUACUACGUGGGGUGAUGGCUCCGUUACUAACAUCUGUGAGAUUUUUAAAUCAGACGCGAAAGCGCUGAUGUCAAGUUUCACGCCGCUCUCAUUUGAGUUGAGAUAAAGGUCUGAGACGCCGCGAGAGAAGGAACUUUGCGUCUCCGCGCGCCCGGACGCCCUGCGGGGACAUCGGGCGCUUUUGUGAUCAGAGGGCUGAACUUCUUUUUUUGUGUUUGUGGGUUUCUGACUCUCUCUGACAGAGUAGAUAUAGGAGAGCUCAUUUGGUGCGGAUUGUUCAAGCCUCUCCGAUUCGUGGAUGGAAUAAAUCAUAAUGGAAGGGCAAUGAGACCCGUCUCUGCUGCUGGGCAAUAAUCCGGACCACCGCACCAACAGAAUGCAGGAGCGGGCGGUACAGAGGGUGUGCGCGUGGCUCUUGCUGGUGUUUUUGACCCUUCUGUCUCUCUGGGGUCAUUUGUCUGAUGCCUCCUCUCACCGCAGUCACAUCGUGCACGUGAAGGCUGGCACAUGUGAGGUGAUUGCAGCCCACCGUUGCUGUAACAGAAAUAAGAUUGAAGAGCGAUCACAGACGGUUAAGUGUUCCUGCUUCCCAGGACAAGUCGCUGGAACAACAAGGGCUGCACCCUCCUGUGUGGAUGCAUCUAUAGUAGCUCAGAAGUGGUGGUGUCAGAUGCAGCCGUGUUUGGAUGGUGAGGAAUGUAAAGUCCUGCCCGACCUUACUGGCUGGAGCUGCAGCACAGGAAACAAGGUGAAGACCACCAAGGUGACCCGAUAGUUCUAUGCUCCAAGCAGACUUACUGGGGACAAAAGUGCUGAAAGUGAAGACUAACUAGAGACAGCAUUGAGCUUCAGCUAACAGGAUCGAUCAGUAUUAGUCAAAGAUUACUUGCAAUCAAAACAUCUGAGGAGCAGACUGAUCUCUGGAAAUAUAUCCACCAUAAACAUUAGGACCAUCCUGAAGUUAAUGUGUCCUGCUCAAUGGACCCCCUGGCCUUCUGGACACUCGAUCUUCUGGGUGUGGAUCCAUAACCUCUGGAACGUGUUGGCUGGGGGUUCUCAAUGUACGUAUGCAGUUGUUGUUUUUUUUUAAUUUAUUUAUUUUUAUUAUUUACAGAAGUUCAUCUACACCAGUGCAGCCCAAUGGAGUUUAAGCUUUUCAGUAACAUGCUCUCCUUCCUUGCCCUUCAGUUCUUCCGACAAUUCCAUAAUCAUUCCUGCUCUACCUGAUCAGAAGGCCCGAUCAUUUCUUGUGGAAUCCUUUAAACAGCAUUUAAACAUGUAAAAUCAAUCUGGACCUUUAACGGACUCAUCUUCUGUAUAUUGUUUGUUUCUAAAUUAAAGCUUUUCAACCCCACAGUCUGAAAUAAAAGAAUAGAUGUACC